GUGCUCCCUGUGGGUCUCGCUUCUGGUCUCACUUGUAGCUCCCGGGCUGGCUGAGCUUCCGCGGGGAUUCAUCUGGGUCCUAAGGGGAGGUGGUGCAUGCCCAGAGUGAAGUUCGGGCUAUGGAUGCUUUCAGUGAGGAAUUGAUGAGGUCUGUGGAAGAUGAUGAUCAAGUAGAAGCAUCAAUAGGCUGUGGUCCAGAAAUACAUUUACCUUGGCUCUCACAGCACCUCCAGAACACAGUGAGUCAUGGCCAUAAGGGGAUAAAUUUUGCUCAGACGACGAGUAUUUGUUUAAAUUUCAUACAAGAAGCCCUGCUGAAGCACCAGUGGCAGCGAGCCUCAGAGUUCCUGCAGCAUUAUUUCCAGGCCCUGGAGGACUUUAACAGCCAGAAACGGCAGGUGGCCCUGCAGAACAUUUGGAAACUGGGCAGUGCAAUUUUAUAUCAUCAUCCUAAGAGCAACGUUGAAACCUUCAAUGCCUUUGCUGACCGGAUGAAAAAUAUUGGUGUCCAAAAUUAUUUAAAGAUCUCCCUACAACAUGCAUUAUACCUUCUGCAUAAGGGAAUGGUUGAGGAGGCUUACAGGAACCUAAACCAGGCAGAGAGCUGGAGAUACGGUGAAAUGUCUGCUUCCCAAGAAAAAAUAAUUAAACUUAUCCAGGCCUACAGAGGACUUUUGGAUUAUUAUACAUGGUCUAAAAAGAGGACUGAACUGUCCAAAUUUGAUAUGGACGGUUUUGCCACCAGUGCAGCAACCCAGGAUAUGCACAGCUAUUUCCGACAGGCAUCAGUAAAUCUUCACGAGAUCAUUAAAAUCCCUGGAGUAUGGGACCCAUUUGUAAAGAGUUAUGUAGAGAUGCUAGAAUUCUAUGGAGAUCAAGAUGGAGCCCGGCAGGUGCUCACUGACUAUGCCUAUGAUAACAACUUUCCAUCAAAUCCAAAUGCUCACAUCUACUUAUACAAAUUUCUGAAGAAGGAAAAGGCACCAGAAGAUAAAUUGAUUAGUGUGCUUAAGAUUUUGCACCAGAUUGUGCCUUCUCAUAAGAUUAUGCUAGAAUUUCACAUGUUACUUAGGAAGUCAAAGAAAGAAGAACACCAGAAACUGGGGCUGGAAGUUCUAUUUGCAGUCUUAGAUUUUUCUGGUUGCACUGAGAACAUAACUGCUUGGAAGUACUUGGCGAAGUACCUGAAACAAAUAAUGAUGGAAAAGCACCUCAACUGGGUUCAGGAGGGGUGGAGUUCUAGAAAGGACUGGUGGCCAACAUUUCACUUCAGCUACUAUCUAGCAAAAAAGAAUUGGAAGGAAAAUAAGAUCCUGGCACUGGAAAAAGCUUUCACAUCUGGAAUACUGUUGGGAAAAGGUUGCAAAUAUUUUAUGUAUGUUUCUAAACAAGGUCAUAAAGUCCAAAAGAAGAGUAUUAAAACAAUGAAGAAAUUUGUGAUGAAGCACAAUAUCUUAGAUUCAGAAGAACUCUAGUGUUAUAGAAUUAUGGUAUAAUGAAGAGAUCAUUGGAGUUAGGAUCAAAAGACCUGGAUUUGUGUCCCAGUUUUGACAUCUGUGUAAUCUUGAGAAAGUCUCAACAGCUUUGAGACUCAGUUCCCACAUCUAUAAAAUGAGGGAAAUAAUAUUUUCUCGUCAGCCUCAUAAAAUGACUGUGAAGAAGGCACUUUAUGAAAGUAAAGUAUUAUAAAAAUGUGUACACAAAGUACUUUGGUUAAAUGAAGCAAUCUUCAGAUCUUCAGAAAAAACUAUUUUUCUAUGUUAAAAUUAUUGUAAUCAGUUUUGCAAAGAAAACUUGUUUCAGCAUAACUGUAGCUUCACUGUAACUAUAAUGUU